GCUGUUCGCUGUGUGGACGUGUUUCAGUCCGAAUUUUGUUAAAUUUUAAUAAACAUAAGUAAAUUUUUGCGUUUUAAUUUUAGUGUGAGUCAAGAAAUUGUGCCUGCUGUUAAUAAAGGCGCCCGAUCCGACUAUGUCCAGUCUGUUGAAUACGGAAACGGAGGACUUUAUCGAUUGGUGGCAGCAUGCGGUCUUCUAUCAGAUCUAUCCGAGAUCCUUUAAGGACAGCAAUGGCGAUGGCAUUGGAGAUUUACAGGGUAUAAUCUCCAAGUUACCAUAUCUGGCUGACACAGGCAUUACGGCGACUUGGUUGAGUCCCAUUUUCCAGUCUCCAAUGGUGGACUUUGGCUAUGAUAUAUCCGAUUAUAUGGCCAUACAAACGGAGUAUGGCAGCAUGUCAGACUUCGAGCAGUUGGUCCACAAGGCCUCCAGUUUGGGCAUCAAGAUUAUACUGGACUUUGUGCCGAAUCAUAGCUCCGAUAAGCAUGAAUGGUUCAAGAAGUCGGCAGCCCGAGAAGCAGGCUAUGAGGAUUUCUAUAUCUGGUCGGAUGGUCAGCUGGAUGAAGAGGGGCAGCGACAGGUGCCCAACAACUGGCAGUCUGUAUUUUAUGGCUCUGCCUGGGAAUGGAACGAGCAACGACAGCAAUAUUAUCUACACCAGUUUACCAAGGAGCAGCCGGAUCUUAACUUCCGUAAUCCUGCGGUGGUGCAGGCAAUGGAUGAUGUGCUGCUUUAUUGGCUCAACAAAGGUGUGGCCGGAUUUCGCAUUGAUGCAGUGAAUCAUUUAUUUGAAAGCGAAUCGCUAUCGGAUGAACCGCUUUCGGGGAAGUCGGUGGAUCCGCUUUCCUACGAUUAUACGGAGCACAUCCACACCAAAGAUUUACCCGAGGUGUUGGACAUGGUGCAACAUUGGCGGCAGCUGCUGGAUGAUUACACCGCCAAACAUCCGACCGGAGGCACUCGCAUUAUGAUGACUGAGGCUUAUGCCGGACUGCGGGAACUGGCGGAUUACUAUGAGGAUGCCAAUGGAGUGCGCGGUUCGCACUUGCCCUUCAACUUUAAUUUCAUCUCGAAUGUUAACGGCGAUUCGGAUGCUCGAGACUUUGUCUACAAUGUGGAAAAGUGGCUCAUUUAUAUGCCACGUGGGCAUGCCGCCAAUUGGGUCAUGGGCAACCACGACAAUCCCCGUGCCGCCACACGAUUUGGCACCGACAGUGUCGAUGCCAUGAACAUGCUGCUGAUGACGCUUCCCGGCGUCGCAGUUACCUAUAAUGGCGAGGAGUUGGGCAUGCAGGACAACCUUGAGAUAACCUGGGAGGAAACUGUAGAUCCGCCAGCACGCAAUGCUGGUGAACUGGACUUUAAGAAGGUUUCUAGGGAUCCAGCGCGUACACCUUUCCAAUGGAGCAAUUCCAAAAAUGCGGGUUUUUCAAGCGCUGACAAGACCUGGCUGCCUGUAAAUGCCAACUAUCCCGAGCUUAAUCUGGAGUCUCAACAGUUGGCCGAUAGAAGUCAUUACAAGGUCUACAAAUCUCUCAUUGAGUUGCGUAAAUUGCCCGUAUUGCGACGUGGACGCUUUAGCAUUGAGCCGCUUUCCCGAGCUGUCUUCGCUUUUAAACGCACCCUCAAGGACCACAACACUUUGGUGACCAUUAUCAAUGUGAGCGAUGAGGAGCAGCUUGUAAAUCUCACCGAUUUCAUCAAUCGUCCUCAGCAAUUAAUUGUUGAAGUUGCUGGUGUGGAUUCCACUUAUGAGCCUGGUGACUACAGCAAUCGAAAUGGCAGCCAACAGAUGUUACUUCUGCCCCACUCGGGCAUUGUUUUAAGGGAGCAUGUGAUUAUGAGUGCACAACGUCGACAAAUGAUUAAACAGAUUAUCAAGUCGUUUAAUGUGGUGCUGGUGGCUUUGCUAAUGUACAAUUUGUGGCGUCACAAAUGGACUAAAGUAAAUUUCAAUUAGCAAUUUUGAUGCAUUGAUUCUUCUCCCGCCAACUGAUUGAUUGAUUAAUUAAUAAAGUAACAGCAUAAUCAACAAUA